AUGCCCUUCGGUACUUUCAAGACAAAGGAGGCUCGAGGCCCCAUCCCUCUCUGCUCUUCGCCCUACCCAGUUGGCCUGGAUGAAUUCACCAAUGUCCAUAUUCUUUCCGUCAAAUAUCACACAACAUACGACGCCGUCAAGGAUAUGAUCCCUGAAGAAUGUGAGCUGGAAGAUGAGCCGCUUGUUAUUCUCACCCUCUUCAGCUACGGCAUGAGUCCCAUUGGCGCAUACAACGAGUUUGUCUGCCAGGUCGAGGUCAAGUGGGAGGGCAAGAUAUUACCCUUCUCGAUCGAGCUUAUCCUCAACAAUGAAGGUGCCAUAUAUGCCGGACGGGAGCGCUGGGGUAUUCCAAAGGUUAUGGGUAACGUUGAGUGGGGUCCUUCCAAGAUCAAUUCAUCGCCUAAUGGAAUCAUUACGGGCCAUGUUGAGCGUCCCGUGGGGUGCAAGCUCGUCCAGUUCGGGUUCAAGCCGCAGAAGAAAGUUCAAGACUGGGGUGCUCUGAGCGGCACGAAGCGCGAGAGUCUUCACUUCCGUUCGAUCCCUGCGGCGAAUAGUUAUGAUCCCCCAAUUCUCAGGGAAUUCAUCCCUACCUGUAUUGAGAUAACUCAUGCUGAGGUUUGGGCAGGUGAGGGAUCUAUUGGUCUCUUUAAUGUUUCAGAGUUCGAUCCGAUUCAUCGACUCGAGGUCGUGAGAUACGUUGGCGCAACUUUGUGCAGAGAUGCUAGAGCUGUCCUGCAUCCACUUUCAAAGACCUUCCCUGUCUGA